AUGGCGUCAAGCUGGUCAGUCAAGAACCCGCCCCUAAUCAGUGUACUCAGGGUCAACCAAGGUCGCGACAGAUAUUUACUAGGGGGAUAUUUGUGUACUAAUCGGGAACAUAAUGUCCAAAUUGGAGACAUACUGACCAGCAAGGAUUUAAUUACGGUCAUUAAAGGAUCCUCACCUCAAAACAAUAUACCCCAUAAAUAUGUAAACAUGCGGGAAACAAACGCCACCGGAGGGGAUGAAUGUUUUGACGACACGGACUGUGGGGAAAAUGCAGUAUGUGAAAUUUCUCCUUCGACCAAUAAUGUAUGUGUUUGUAAACCCGGUUUUUUUGACAACCCUCCCAUCAUUACCGCCUUAUCGGACGGGUGCCCUGGUGAAUGCAAUGAGUUUGGAGAGACCAAUCAGUGCGAGGGAAAGACACAGUGUACCGAAACACUGGAAGGAUUUGGAGAAUGUACUUGUCCAGAGAAUACCUAUGGACCACCAGAAUGUCUAGGGGAAUGCGAUGAGUUUGGAGAGACCGAUCAGUGCGAGGGAAACACCCUAUGUACUCAAACACAGCAAGGAUAUGGAGUAUGUACUUGUCCAGAGAAUACCUACGGACCACCAGAAUGUCUUGGGGAAUGCGAUGAGUUUGGAGAGACCGAUCAGUGCGAGGGGAACACCCUUUGUACGCAAACCCCGCAAGGACACGGAGAAUGUACUUGUCCAGAGAAUACCUACGGACCACCAGAAUGUCUAGGGGAAUGCGAUGAGUUUGGAGAGACCGAUCAGUGCGAGGGAAACACCCUGUGUACGCAAACACAGCAAGGAUACGGAGAAUGUACUUGUCCAGAGAAUACCUACGGACCACCAGAAUGUCUAGGGGAAUGCGAUGAGUUUGGAGAGACCGAUCAGUGCGAGGGAAACACCCUAUGUACUCAAACACAGCAAGGAUAUGGAGUAUGUACUUGUCCAGAGAAUACCUACGGACCACCAGAAUGUCUUGGGGAAUGCGAUGAGUUUGGAGAGACCGAUCAGUGCGAGGGAAACACCCUUUGUACGCAAACCCCGCAAGGACACGGAGAAUGUACUUGUCCAGAGAAUACCUACGGACCACCAGAAUGUCUAGGGGAAUGCGAUGAGUUUGGAGAGACCGAUCAGUGCGAGGGAAGCACCCUGUGUACGCAAACACAGCAAGGAUACGGAGAAUGUACUUGUCCAGAGAAUACCUACGGACCACCAGAAUGUCUAGGGGAAUGCGAUGAGUUUGGAGAGACCGAUCAAUGCGAGGGAAACACCCUUUGUACGCAAACCCCGCAAGGAUAUGGAGAAUGUACUUGUCCAGAGAAUACCUACGGGCCACCUGAAUGUCUAGGGGAAUGCGAUGAGUUUGGAGAGACCAAUCAGUGCGAGGGAAACACCCUGUGUACUCAAACACAGCAAGGAUAUGGAGUAUGUAAUUGUCCAGAGAAUACUUACGGACCACCAAAAUGUCUUGGUAACAAUUUCUGCUCAUUUCUGAUCCGUUGUAAUAUAUUGUGACAUUAAACAGGGGAAUGCGAUGAGUUUGGAGAAACCGAUCAGUGUGAGGGAAACACCCUAUGUACUCAAACACAGCAAGGAUAUGGAGUAUGUAAUUGUCCAGAGAAUACCUACGGACCACCAGAAUGUCUUGGGGAAUGCGAUGAGUUUGGAGAGACCGAUCAAUGCGAGGGAAACACCCUUUGUACGCAAACCCCGCAAGGAUAUGGAGUAUGUACUUGUCCAGAGAAUACCUACCGACCACCAGAAUGUCUUGGGGAAUGCGAUGAGUUUGGAGAGACCGAUCAGUGCGAGGGAAACACCCUAUGUACUCAAACACAGCAAGGAUAUGGAGUAUGUACUUGUCCAGAGAAUACCUACGAACCACCAGAAUGUCUUGGUACACUUAUAUCCAUAGUUGAAGGUUCCACCACAACAGAGAAAUCCCGUAGAAACCUGAUUCUGGUUUAUGGAGCCCUGACCAUUCCUCUGCUUUUUCUUGUCCCUGCUGCUCUUGCCAGCGGUCUGAGUCUAGGCUGAUUAUGUUAACUACUAUGUCAAA